UAGGAUUGUUUGUUCUAGCUCUGUGAAGAAUGCUAGUGUUAUUUUGAUAGGGAUUGCAUUGAAUACGUAGAUUGCUUUGUGUAGUAUUGACAUUUUAACAAUAUUUGUUCUUCCAAUCCAUGAGCAUGGAAUGUUUUUCCAUUUUUUUGUGCCUUCUUUAAUUUCUUUCAUAAGCUUUCUAUAGUUUUCAGUGUAUAGAUUUUUCACCUCUUUGGUUAGAUUUAUUCCUAGGUAUUUUAUGGUUUUCGGUGCUAUUGUAAAUGGGAUCAAUUCCUUGAUUUCUCUUUUGGUUGCUUCAUUGUUGGUGUAUAGGAAUGCAACUGAUUUCUGUACAUUGAUUUUAUAUCCUGCCACCUUGCUGAAUUCAUGGAUCAGUUCUAGCAGUUUUUUGGUGGAAUCUUUUGGGUUUUCCAUAUAGAGUAUCAUGUCAUCUGUGAGGAGUGAAAGUUUGACCUCCUCCUUCUUUUUCCCACUUUUAAAUUGGGUUGUCUUUUUAUUAUUGAGUUGAAAGAGUUCUUUAUAUUACCUGGAUAAAUUUUGGUUAUGGAUAUAUGACGUAUAAAGUUUUUUCUCCUGUUCUGUGCAUUCAUUUCUGUCUCUUCACUUUCUUCAUGAGGUCUGUUGAAUCACAGGGUGUUUUGUUUUCUUGUUUGUUUAAUUUUUUAAUGUUUAUUUAUUUUUGAGAGAGAAAGAGAGAGGCAGUGCAAGUGGGGGAGGGGAAGAGGGAGAGGGAGACACAGAAUCUGAAGCAGGCUUCAGGCUCUGAGCUGUCAACACAGAACCUGACACAGGGCUCUCGAACCCAUGAACCAUGAGAUCAUGACCUGAGCCAAAGUUGGACACUUAACCAACUGAACCACCCAGGCACCCCUGAAUCACAGGGUUUUAAUUUUGAUGUCAAUUUAUCAAAUUUUCCUUCUACUGUUUUGGCUUUUGUUGUCAUACCUAAGAAACUAUAGCCUAUUCAAGUGUCAUGAAGAUUUUUGCCUGUGUUUCUUCUAAGAGUUUAUCAGUUUUAGCUCUUAUGUUUAGGUCUAUGAUCCAUUUGGAGUAUAUGAUGUGAGGUAGGGGUCCAAAUUCAUUCUUUUGUGUGUGGAUAUCCAGUUGUCAAAACACCAUCUGUUGAAAUAACUAUUGUUUUCCAUUGAAUGUUCUUGACACUGUUCUCAAUAACAAAUAUCUCUAGAUAUAUGGGCUUAUUUUUGGACUCUCACUUCUACUGGAUUGAUCUGUGGGUGUAUCCUUAUGCCAGUACCACACCGUUUUGACUGCUGGCAAAGGCAGCAAUUUCAGACUAUAGAAUAGAAAACUGAGGAGCUUGACAAAGACACUGGGAAAAGUUUCCUGGUAAUAGCCAAGAUGUGAAUGGUCUUCAAGGUGCAUAAAAGACAACUGUUGAAAAGAAGUGGGGUGAUUAGCAUCUCCAUAGACAAACAUAGUCACAUUAUCUUGGAAGAAUUUUAGGUAAGACAUCCAAAAUAUUAGGCAACAGUGAAAUACAGGCAAGAACAGAAUGAAACAAAGAAUGAGAGUGGCUAAAGGACAGGGCUUGGAGGAAACACCCUCUGCCUGCCAUGUGUGCAGAUGAUGAGAAAGAAUGGUGGGUCAGUUCAGGAAAGCUCUUGAAAGGGUUGUUGAGAAAAUUCCCACUCUCUCCAACCAGACCUUCUUGGUUUACCCAGCACCCCCAUCCCCAGGGAGGAGCCAGAAGUGAUUCUUUGUGAUGUCUAAGCUCACACCCACCUACCCAGCAUAUCCCCUACUGGCUGGGGCAAGUGCCUAACUGAACAAACAAAGCCAAAGGGUGUGGCUCCUCAUUGUACCACUAAGGGGUAUUUUACAGUCUGGUCAGGAGCUCUGGAGAAGACCAUUGGGAGGUUUCAACAUGGCUAAAGUUACCAGGAAGCCAGAGGGAGCGAGCACAGUUAUGAAACAACCAACACUAAGCACAAGACAAUUAACCCCAAACACAAAAACGAAGAAGAGAAAGAACCACUAUCAACCCAGAUCCACAGGGACUGGCAAGGUAAACAAGAUACAGAGGGGAAUAAAAAGACUGCUUUGUGGAAAGUCAAGAAAAAGAUCCUCUCAUAUUAGUACAACAAUUCCAAGGAAGGUGAAGAGAGUGAAAAAAGCCAAGAAGUUUCGGCCUUUUACAAAAAUUGAGUAGUAGCCUACACUCAAAUCACUGAGUUCAGGCCCAGAAGACCCUGCCAAAUGACAAUCCUACAAGUCUAACACCAUAUGGAACAGAGAUGAUGAUGAUUAAAAUAAAAUCGACAACCUUU